GACAAGGGCAAGUGCAAGCAAAUCGUUCAAGAGAUCAAGGGCAGCGACCUCGUCAAGGACGUGAAGGCAGCUUUGCUGGAUGUUGACUCGCUUCAUGAUGAAGCCUGGUGGCCGUAUGAUCUCAAAGAUGCUUGCUUGGAGUUUGUCUUGUGCCGCCAGCUGCGUGCCGGCUGGAAUCGAUUGGAUGUGACCCCUGCAGACAUCGAGAACUUGAAGCCGUGCGAAGUCUUCAGGACUCAUGUCUUCAGUGCGUUCAACAAGGCCAUGACAGAGGAUGCUGUGAAGUCAGUUGGCAUUCUCUUGAAGGAAGUUGUGCAGCAUCUCCAGAACAUCCGCAAUUCAGUGUCUCGCGCUUCGGCUGACUUGACAAAAGCUUUGCAGGCCAAGCAACGGCGCGCGGAGAAUGAGCAAAAGGCGCAGCAGAAGAAAGCAGAGAAGCAGGCUGAGAAGAAAGCUAAGGAGCUCAGCGAAGCCCUCAAGAAAGGGAAUGCCGGCAAUAAGGUUUGCUCCCUGCUGCUUGAAGAUGAUGUUCGUGCGAAGCUUAAGGGCAUCAAGAUCUUUGAAGUAGCAAAUAUGGGACUUUUGGAGCGAUGCGCCUCACUUGCAAACAGGUAUGAGCGGCCAAGCUUUUGCUAG